AUGUUAGCAUCGAUUGAGAAUCCAUACUGCUAUGCCUGCGAGUAUGAUCUUGCACAGUGCAUGGAUAUACGCGUUCAGCACGCACUCACGGCGGACGGCGUGGAUCUGAAGUUCACACCUAGAGGUAUCCUCAAACGUAGCGAAGAAGGCUCCAAGUUUGAACAGGAUAAGCUCUCUGCGUCUGAGGCUGAAGCAUUGAAGGCACUGGCCGCUAACGAUGGCUUCUAUCACGUGCGAGUAGAGACGCACCCAGGCAAGAACGAUGACCAAUAUGUGUCAUCGCUUGUUCGAGCGUGUACGCUUGUUUCAUCGAAGCUCAAGGACGAGUUAGGCAUCCAUAUGAACGAAAAUGGUGAUGUGAUUGCCCUGGAGUAUCGGCCUACCAAUGUCACCUGCGCGAAUAAAUUCUUCGCGAAAAAGAUUGUCGACGGCUCGUCUUUCAAAACGACGAUCAAGCUGAGAACUCGCGGCAUGCCUGGGCCAAUGUAA